AUGACGGCCUAUUUGUUCAAUGUUAUGAUCAUUUGGAUUUUUAUAUAUAUAAUAGGUGUAUAUUCUGCCGGAACUAGUGGGAGAUCUGGUCCUUAUAAGUCUACAUUGAUAACAGCACGACGCUGUGUGAAAACAAAAGUACCAUAUGAAAAAGAACGGACGGCCAUAGCAAAUCUGGAGCUCUAUAACACUUCUACAGCAGUUAAUUUGAUGAGGGGAAACUUUACUGUAUUCAAGGAGACCAAGCAUUUGAAGGGUACAGCCAAACACUACCAAUGGGUGAAUAAGAAAUGGACGCCGAGUUUAGUUCUUCGUCAAGACGGCUGUGGUGGUAUUUUUGUUACCAUCCUCGUAUCCGCUAUAGGAGUUAAAUAUGACUCUAAGAACUGCGUAGUAUCAGUUGGUAAUUAUUUCUUCAAAGACUUGGAUUCUAACAAAGUGGCACACAUGUGGCUACCUACAAAGGAGUACGGGAGAGCUCUGUGGAAGGUCGAAGCCUUCAGUACUGACGGCUUGGUGGAUUGCUGGGACUUCACGGAAAUCGUUGAACCAAUAUAG